AAAAAGGCAUGCCUCUUGGAUAUAUGAAUAAAAAACCAAAGGGAGUUAACUUCAUAGAACGCAGGAAAGUUCUCCGCAGACAAAUGUUUGACGCUCUCCAUGACCGAGUGCACAUAGAAAUCCCAGAGAACUAAGCUGCGGGCGCACGGAGGGCUGCACACUCGGAACAAGCACAAGGAGAUCGAAGAGGCACUUCACUGAGGGUAUAGAAGAAGAGGAGAAGAAGGGAGAGAGUGACUGAGAUCCAAUCUCACUCUCCCAGUUGAGGUCCUCAGCGGAUCGCGUCCCACAACUGCAGGACAAUGUCAAGUAAAGCGACUUUAGUCUUACUCAUCUAUGGAAUCAUAAUGCAUUACAGCGUCAACUGCUCACCUGUGGGGCUUAGCUUUCCCAGCGUUAGACUUGACAGUGAGGUUUAUGAUGAGGAUGGAAACUCCUUACCGUCCCUGGAUUACGACAGAGACCAAAUGGAUGGGAGAAGCCCUCCGUCCGUCGCCGACGACGACUACACGUUGUAUUACCCUCCAGAGAAAAGUGGGGGGAAAAUGGUGGACGACAGCUCAGAGCCUCUGUCCAAGCGACACUCAGACGGGAUCUUCACAGACAGCUACAGCCGCUACCGAAAGCAAAUGGCAGUCAAGAAAUACCUGGCAGCAGUCCUGGGGAAAAGGUAUAGACAGAGAAUUAGGAACAAAGGACGCCGGCUGGCAUAUUUGUAGCAUCUUCGUCCUCCCCUCCUGAAAACAAACAAAAAACUUAAGUGUGUGCAGCCCCACAUGAAGUCAUUUUGAGAUCUGAACAAUCAGUGGAUCGCUUUUUUGUUCUUAAACAUGUAUUUAUGUAUGAAGUAAGCCAUUAAAAUGAAUAUUUUGAUAAUAAUAUUGUUUUUUAUUUUGUACUUAAAGCACUUGAGGACACACAUGUCUACUUUGUGGACCAAUUUUUGUUCAUUUUAACAAAUAGCCUCUAUUUAUGUAUUCAUUGAUUCUUAUUUUUUUUUAAGACUUAUUUAUUGAGGGGAGACAAUUGUUGACGUAACGAUGUGCUCCAAACAGCCCUGUCUUUUAAACAUUUAGUGAGGAAAAAUAAAAAAUAAAAUAAAUAGUUUAAAAGACAAUCAAUGUAUUGAAUGCUGCUCUUUGUAAAGUGACAUUAAGAGUUUAGUUGUCUUUAUUCACAACAGCCUUGAAGACAUAGGUUUUCAACAUAUCCUUCAAGACAUAGACUUUGAUGCCCUCCCGGACGGGGAUGAGUUUGAGGCUUUUUUGGGAGACUGGCUGAAACAGUUCUCUCCUGAAUUUCCGGUGAGUUUCAGGCUCUUCCCUGAGGCCGUUAUCCUUGCAGGGGCGUCUCAUGUCCCUCCCUUUUCUUCUCACCUUUAACACUCAAACACUCAACUCUUCUUCCACCUCAUUUGUGCUCCUGUCUCUCUUAGAGUCUCACAGAUGUUUACCUUUAUUCCUCCUAAUCAGUGUGGAGAGACUUUUGCUUAGACCGAUAUGUUGUACAUAUCAUUUGCUGAUUGAUUUGACAGAUGUAUCUUUAUCUUUAUGGAUGCAAGGAUGUUGAGAUAAUUAUUAAAGUAGAACUGGGUUAGACCAGAUGAGACCCCUGUUGGCUUUAAACAAUGCCAGUUAUCCAAUUUCAAGUCAAAAAGAGAUUCUUGACAUAAAAAACAACCAACCAAAUCUGAGAUGACCAGAGUACUUUGGAGGUACUUUUGAGGUUUUUCUUGUCCUUUUCUUCUGCAGUGUUUACACCUUGUGUGAGAGUGAGCUUACACCUUUGACUCAUGUAAAUUACCAAUCGUGUGUUUCUUUCAACUGGUUUCUGCUGAAGGGUUUCUCAUGUCUCUCUGCCCAUUUAAUAACUAUCACUAACAUCUAAAGCAUCAGACAACUUCAACAUAAAAAAGCA